GGUGUGAGCCGCAAACCCAGAGGGGCCGGGAAAGAAGAGGAAGCCCGGGGGUGGUCAGAGGACUGGGGUCCCGGCUGCAGUGGCUGCUCGACCUCCUGACUGACUAGCCGGCUGGCGGGCUGACGGGCUGACUCACGGGCGGACAGACGGGCUGACGGACGGACCGACUUGCAUCCACUGGCCGGGCGCGGGAGCUGCGGCGGGCGGCGCGCGGAGCAGAGCCAUGGCCUCGGGUGCAUAUAAUCCAUAUGUAGAAAUAAUUGAGCAGCCGAGACAAAGGGGAAUGCGCUUUAGAUACAAGUGUGAAGGGCGCUCAGCAGGCAGCAUUCCUGGGGAGCACAGCACAGACAACAACAGGACUUAUCCGUCUAUCCAGAUUAUGAACUAUUAUGGAAAAGGAAAAGUGAGAAUUACGCUGGUAACAAAGAAUGACCCCUAUAAACCUCAUCCUCAUGAUUUAGUUGGGAAGGACUGCAGAGAUGGCUACUAUGAAGCAGAAUUUGGACCAGAACGCAGACCUCUGUUUUUUCAGAAUUUGGGUAUUCGGUGUGUAAAGAAAAAAGAAGUGAAAGACGCUAUUAUUUUAAGAAUAAGUGCAGGAAUCAAUCCUUUCAAUGUCCCUGAACAGCAGCUGCUGGACAUCGAGGACUGUGACCUAAAUGUGGUGAGACUGUGUUUUCAAGUCUUCCUUCUUGAUGAACAUGGCAACGUGACAACUGCUCUUCCGCCCAUUGUUUCUAACCCGAUUUAUGACAACCGUGCCCCAAAUACUGCUGAAUUAAGGAUUUGUCGUGUAAACAAGAACUGUGGAAGUGUCAGGGGAGGAGACGAAAUAUUUCUCCUUUGCGACAAAGUUCAGAAAGAUGACAUAGAAGUUCGUUUUGUGUUGAAUGACUGGGAAGCUAAAGGGAUUUUUUCACAAGCUGAUGUACACCGCCAAGUAGCUAUUGUUUUCAAGACUCCUCCAUAUUGCAAAGCCAUAUUGGAGCCUGUGACAGUGAAGAUGCAGCUGCGGAGACCUUCCGACCAGGAAGUUAGUGAAUCUAUGGAUUUCAGAUACCUGCCAGAUGAAAAAGAUGCAUAUGGCAAUAAAUCAAAGAAACAAAAAACAACUCUACUUUUUCAGAAACUGAUGCAAGAUUGUGCUAACUUUCCUGAGAGAAUAAGAACUGUCCCCUCAGGGUCAAUUGGAGAUGGAAGAUUCAUCAAAAAAGAACCAAACUUGUUUUCUCAUGGUACCGUUUUACCAGAAAUGCCCAGGUCUUCAGGAGUGUCAAGUCAAGCCGAACCCUACUAUUCUUCAUCUGUGCCCAUCUCAAGUGGAAUGACACAUCACCCACCAGCCAUGGCCUCAGUGGUCUCUCCACCUACAAGCUGGUCACCAGUGACCCACCCCACCUCACGCUCAGUCAGUACAAAUACAUUGAGUAGCUUUUCAGCAGCCACAGUGCCCUCUAACUCAACAGGCACCCUUGGGUUCCUAGAAGUGCCUGGUAUCGAGUUAAGUGCUCCUAAUGCUUGCCUUUAUACCGAUGGCCUCGCUAGAAUGGAAACGCCAUCCAUGUCACCGGCCGACUUAUAUAGCAUUUCUGAUGUCAACAUGCUGGCUAAUAACCCUGUGAAUGUGAUGACAACCAGCAAUGAUAACGUGGGGGACACUGAUAAUCCAAGACUUGUGAGCAUCAAUCUUGAAAACCCUUCAUGUAACUCAAGGUUAGACCAAAGAGACCCGAGACAACUACACCAGAUGCCUUCUGCCAGUGUAUCAGCAGGCACCAGAUCUAAUUCUAUCUUUGUUUCACAGCCAGAUGCAUUCAAUAGGUCAAACUUCAACUGUGUCGAAAACAGCCUGAUAAAUGAGCCUGGACCGUCGAAUGAUGCAAAUAGUCAUAAUUUUGCUCAGAACAGUCAAUAUUCAAGUAUUGACACUCUGCAGAGUGAGCAGUUGAGUGAUUCUUUUGCAUAUACUUUUUUUUAAAUAUGUUUCAGGACUUAAAUCUAGGGAGCUAUAAAGUUUUAGGUAUAUAGACUAUAAAGAGAAGGUUCAGAAGUAGAAACUGUAGAGGGCUCUAUGAUUUUACUUUGAAAG